AAUGUAUGAAUCAGAGUGUCUUUGCUGAGUAUUGUCAAAAUGUUGGAUGGUGAAGAAAAAAUACUGAUGUUGGAUUUGUUUUGUUUGAUCGUGUCCGACCGGCUAAUUCUAGGCAAAACAGUAUUUGUGUUAACGGUUUGGCGAUAAUGGCAACUAUACGUUUGGGCCCUAUUGUAAACUUUGCGUUCAGGACAACACUUCGCGGGAUAUCGCGUAAUCCAAAUGUAAACUUUGUUCGCCACUUGACUACAGGAGCUGGCAAAAGGAGUCCAACCGGAACUCUUGGAUUGGCGAUGAAAGGAGUUUUUGUCGGAGCACUGGUUGGGACGGGAUGGUCUGGCUAUCAAUUCUUCACAGGUAGUGGAACAACAGAUCACAUGCUUCAUGAGCAUGUACCGCCGAAGCUAUUAGAGAAGGUGCCAGAUGUAAAAAUAAUCCGUAAAAUAGUAAAUCCGAAGGAUACUUCUGGUUUGGAGCUGGUGCUGUUUCAGUUUCAAACGUGUCCGUUUUGUUGCAAGGUUCGUGCUUUCCUCGAUUAUAUGGGAUUAUCGUAUUCUGUGGUGGAGGUUGACGCGGUUCUUCGUCAGGACAUUCGAUGGUCGGAUAGCAAAAAAGUGCCGAUUUUGCUAGCAAAAACCAGCAACGGAAAAUAUGUCCAACUGACGGAUUCGAGCAUGAUUGUGUCUGUAAUUACCAGUUACCUUCGAGACACCAAGCACGAUAUAGGAGAGUUGGCUCGAUACUACCCUUCAAUAUCUUACGAAAAUGACGCAGGGAAGAAAGUGUUCGACAUUAUGAACAAAUAUUUUGUAAUGCUUGACGGAAAAAACUACGAAGCAAAAAAUAAGGAAGCGCAAGAGGAGGAACGGAAGUGGCGUGCGUGGGCCGAUGAUCACAUGGUACAUUUGAUCUCUCCCAAUGUUUACCGUACAAUGGAUGAAGCCUUAGAGACUUUCAACUGGUUUGCAGAAGUCGGUGAUUGGAACAAUAGCUUCCCGUCGUGGGAAAGGAACCUAAUGGUCUACGUUGGAGCGUUUGCUAUGUGGGGCAUUAGUAAACGUUUGAAGAAACGCCAUCAGCUAAGCGAUGACGUGCGAUCGCACAUCUACGAUGCGUGUGACCGUUGGAUCGCUGAGAUAGAUAAAAGGAAAACUACUUUUCUUGGAGGAAAGCAACCCAAUUUGGCUGAUUUAGCAGUGUUUGGCGUUUUAAAUAGCAUGGAGGGAUGCCAAGCGUUCACAGAUUGUUUAGAAAACACCAAUAUUGGGCCUUGGUUCUUCGCGGUUAAAGAGCAAGUGCUGAAAAACCGCGGAAAUGUUGUUUAGGCGGUUGUUUAUGAGCAGCUAAUAGAAAUUAUAUACACCUAAUGUAAUAAUAAAACGAGCCACGUCGUGUCAUAAUCAGUUUAU